UCAGCAGGUAGCGACACACCCGGCCGCUUUGCCGGGAUCGCUUGCAAAUGGGACGCUGCAAAUCGCGGUGCGGCCGCGUUUUUUGUGCCCCGCGCGAGCGCCAGGAUAUUCCGCCAGCCACGUCAUUUGCCAAGCCCUGCAAAAAGGGAACGCUGACUAAACUGGUCGGCCGCCGAUGGAUAUUCUUACCUGUGUGGAAAGAGCGCUAUUGUGUGCUAGACGGCAACAAGCUGUACUACUACGACAGCGAGACGAGCAAGGGCACAAACUCCCACUGUGGUGUAAUCAACUUGGACCUUUUCGAUCUCUGUGAGGAAUAUGAGAGCAAAUCCGUCCAGAAUGGAUUCAUCAUCACAAACGCCAACCGAGGAUUCUUUGACGAAUACCAUACUUUUGCUGCGGGUACCUUAUCAGAGGUGUGCGACUGGAUAGCACACAUCCGUGCACAGUUGAAUCAGUCCAUAGUGCAGAAGCGGACAUCCUUUCUCAGGAAGUCACUUGCAAAACGGAAGACCAGGAAAUCCCUCGAAAGCCAGGCAAAUGUUGAGAGCAGUCCUCAGGUUCCAGAUCCAACAUUGGACAUCCCUGGCAAAGAACCACUCGAAAGCAUCACUAAAAAUCGAGCCAAAGGCCCCGCGGGGAGACGACUGCCACAGCGGAAGUCGCAGAUGCCAAAAUCUCUUUCUCAAGAAGUAAGCAGUCAGAAGGUCCCGAUUUCUCACAAGCAGGAAGUCGUUACAGAGGAAGCAGAACCAACGGAGGUGGGUACAAAGUCCGAGACAGAUAAGCCAAGGCCAGCAUCGGCUCUCUUGUACCACUAUAGUUCUAGCGAGGAGGACGACACAGAUAAAACAAGAGAGCCCGAAUCUGCCAGCCAAACUGAAGACACCAGGGAGCCAAGCCAUAAGCUGCCCGAUGGAUCAUGCACUCUGAACCCACGCACAGAAACAAUGCAGGAUCGGCUGAGAAAACUGCGCGAGGAGCUGUCCUGCCACGUGGACGACGUGACAAUGAAGUCCCUCCUCGAACGAUUGAGCUACUGUGAACUCGAACUGCAAGUUGCAGUACAGACUGUGCAGCAGGUCCUGGACGAAGCGUCAGCUGUGCUCGCAAAGACCAAGGGGGCCACCAAGCAGCAGCCGCCGCCAGUGCCUGCUUAGUCUUUGCACGUCCUGGUGAUGCCGGAGAGUGCUGUACUUGUCUCCAUCAAGGAGAGGACAUGAACUGCUGCGGAGGAGUGCGCGGCUGGCAACAGAGCAUGUAGUCUGCACAAGCACAGCCGCUAGUUGGGGUGGCGGGGAGGGGACAGAGUUGCAUGCAAAGAUUAACCAGAGGGAAGCCUGCUGCUGCGUUCAACUAGCAUGGUUGUGAUGGGUGGUGCAAUAUUUCUGGCUUCACUUUUGUGGCUUCAAAUGUUAAACUCAAAGUGCUGCCAUUUGGCUGUUUUCUGUGUUGUGUGAUAUGCAGCACAAAUGCGGCACAUAGAUGACAAAGAAGACUAAGACAGGGCAUGCCUCUUUUGUGCGCCACAUUGCAUAAUUCAAUACCAACGAGCUCGUCAGUCUGCCCUUCAGUAUUUUCGAUGCCUUGCUAAAAAAAUAAUAAAUGUAAUUGUACAGAACAUAAAAGGCCAUGGUGGGCAUCGCUGUCCAAAUGCUAAUAGCCAGAUUUAGCAGUUGCAGUUCAUUACUUUAAACACUCACUCGCGCAGUGAACUUUACUUUAGAAAUAUAAAUUGCAUUAACUCCUGAAUUUUAAUAAAAUGCUGACACGGGCCGGUUGGUACAUGUCUGAAAAAACAAAUAACAGCACGCAACGGGACGUGCAGACUGAGAUAGAGAGCGCUUCGUUUGCUGUCUGCACGUCCCAUUGCUUGCACUGUUAUUAGUUUUCUUUCCUGAAUUUUAGCUUUUAAAUAUUGCAAGCAAAUGUGAUGAUGAAGGGAGCCACAACAUAUUCUCAGUGAAAUUCACUGGUGGAGUGAGGGAAAAUGUGCACACUACCUGCAAAUUUUCAUGGUACAGUUGAACCUCGUUAUAGCAAAGUCACAUCGACAUAAAAAUACCUUUAUUAUAUCUGAUAUUCGUUUAAGCAUGUGUUUCUUACAUGCUGUUAUUGGCAACAAACAUUAAAUUUAGUUCGUUAUAUCUGAUAAUUCAUUACAUCAAGGUUUAACUAUUUGAACAGCAGCACCAGAUUGCCCUCUAGUAAUAUUUGUACGAGACUAUGUAACGGGGAGGGAUGUAAGCACACAUCCAUGUCUUUGUGUGCUGCCCCAGCAUCGUGUCCCUGUGGUGCUAUGCCCACCUAGCGGCAGCCCGGCGCACUUCACGCCAUCAUUACUAGUCAAAAGAAAUGUGAGAAGCCCAAAGCAGUGCCUUGAGGCAGGUUUUAGAUUUGAUGUUGCACUGGCCUUAUCGAAUUCAACCUGGUUUGCUGUGGUUUUUAUGUUCCUAGUGUAUGAUGAUGAGACAUUUUAUUAGAACUGCCUUGGCCACUUUUUCUUGAAAGAAACUGUAGGUACUCCAUGCCGAUAGAGGAACACAGCCUUAGUCUGUGAGAACUGUCCCGCGCAUGGAACAGAAUGUUGCUCCGGAAUGGGGAGGUUUGUCUGUGUUAAGAGAGCUGCUAAUGAGAAACACCAAGUUCAACUAGAUUGGUGGAUUGCACUUUUGUAACGACAGAAAGGCCAGUUUUAAUAUGACUGAUGACUUGGUGGGCCAGAGGUGAUGGACACCAAGAAGAAAGAACUAGUAGUGACACUGCAUCGCUAUUAACUCAUGAACUCUUUUAGAUUUAGAUAGAAUUUGGCAGCAUUUGCUGCACAAUGAAAGGAGGAUCACAUCACAUUUGGAAAUGCCUACAUACUGAGCAUAGCAAAAAUAUGUUAAAAUAGUGAGAUCUCCAACGUCACACCAACAUUGUUAUCGUAGCUUUGGUGAAGGUUCAUUUUCUCUUCAUGGAAUUUUUCUUUGCUAGCAGCCGACAUUUUUAUGCAAAAUGAAUGCAAAUGGAGUUUUGAAAGAAGUCCUACCAUUAGGACUUCUUAAUUAAGGUAAUCUCGAUGCAUUCUGCAGCGAGGUUACCUUAAUUUUUUCUGCUAAUAGUGAACAAUUUUUCACAAAAUGAAUGGAAAUAGUUUUGGUGAAAAUUCUACCAAUCUAAUCUUACUUGGUGUCACUCUCUGUGGUGUUCCUUUCAGUGGCCAGCUGAUGAUGUAACACAAUUCGGUAACGGAGAAAUCUAAUGUUGCAGAACACCCUGGAGGGAGUGCGACUCUCUUUAUAAAAAAAAAAUGCCUUAAUUCUGGUAAAUAUACGUCUCUUAAGCUCAAGAGUGCCUGCAGUGUAUUAUGAAGGCCAUAGGGAAGUGCAUGUUGUAGAUAUAUUGGUUGUUGCCCACGGCGGACGGGGGAUUUGACUGUGCGAUCGGAAAGAGAACGCAUUCUUAUACGAGUGUACAAUGUUUUCUAAUAUUGUGUUGGUAACUGUUAUAUUACUUUUUUUUGUUUGCUUCACCGAAAGCACAUAUGCAUGGUCCUAUAUCCAUAUUUAUGCAUACAGCAGACACGUCAAGAAUCGAAAGGUUGUUGCUGUCAUUAUGGUUGCCUAGCUAACAUGACCGGAAAGCAUGAGAGAUGCAUCAUUUUCUUCAAGGAAAUUUCGCAGGGUGUCGAGUGUAGCUGCCCAAAUUGAUGCUGUGAUUACGCUAUCUCAUGCACAACCUGCUGCAAUUUCUUGUGAAGUGUGCACAACACAUAAAAAACAAUGACACUGGUGGCUGGCUAGAACGAAGGUGCUGCCAUGUUCCAAGCAAUAAUAGUAGCACACUGCACUGACAUUUAUGCAGAAGCCUUUGCUUGCAGCCAGGCACAUUUCUUUCGUUAUCUCCCGGAGUUUUCCAAGUUUGCUUUUUACUACAAAAACUGGAAUUGAGACAGGACUACUGGGUGUGUUAUACAAUUAGCACAUGUCCUUCUUACUCUGAAAAUCGUUGCACUCUCAAUGCAGUACUGACGUGACAUUUUCCAACUCGUAAUUUUUAUUAGCAAAUGAAGGUUUAAGUUCUUCAGACCCAAGAAAAGAUGCUUUCAAGCAUCAGAGUGCCUUAAAUAACUUACAGUAGUACUCGUGUCUACAAACCAGUUUCGGUAACCAAUAGAUGGGCGCAUUACAAUGCUGUGAAACACUAGCUCGCUAUGUUCUUGCGAUGGCUGCGACUGCCACAUGCGAGUGCAGCCAGAAACAGCCGUGUUUCCGAUGUCAAUUUCAUUACGAGCAGCAUAAUCAUAGCUAGCCUUGUGACUAAGCAAUAUUGGCAAAACUUGCUCUGUGUCAUGGUGUCACGAUAAUGUUCAUAAAAGCCAGGUCGGGCAUUUCAAGAUGAACUUUAGCAUCAAAUUAAAAUAUCACUUGGGUUUCUCAACCUUCAUCGUUCUACUUGCAAGGAACAUGUGGUAAAAUUUCUACAACUUAGAAAAUAUGUGUCAGUACUUGUUUAAAGAAACUCUGCUGUCAGUGAUAUGCAUGCACAGAUAAUCUUAACAGCUGUCGUUAUCUGUUAGUCUUUGACCUUGUUGCUGUAGGGCAAGUAAUUCAUGCACAGUGGCAUGACAAGGGAUGUACCACACUAAAGCAGAAAGGAGAUGAGGGCUUCAUGCGAGGCCCACACUUCGAUGCACGAGCCCAGAGUAGACAGGAUUAGUGCUAAACGUCUGCUAUUUGCUGCAAUUGCUGUCACCUAGUUUCUGUCCACCACAUUCACAGAGCAAGACUAGACUAGAUCAGACAGGAGUGGAAGGUGCACCACUGCAAAUCGCUGACCAGAUCGCAUCAGUGAAAGUAUAAAAAAGAGGUGCCAAUCACUGAAGUGCUGAUGGACCACAUUUAAAAAGUGCAUGUAACUGCCUUGCGACAAGUUCUCUUUCGGUCUUUUCAGCUACUGUAUGAACAUUUCUGUCACCAACUGGUUGCCCUGGAAAGCACAGUUCUGCAACCUUAUUCUGUGAUCGUGCUGUGGAAUGUUAGCCACAAGGCUCCUUAUGCAAGAUUCUCUAGGCCCAAAGUGAACUAUGCUUUAUCUAAGCUUGACUGGAGAUUACCAAGCUUAAUGAUGCAGCAAACUUUAAAACAUGGACCCCUGUGUCCUAGAACACUAUGAUGCCAACUGCAAUCUUUCAACUAGCAUGCAAGUUGUAAGGCAUAGUUCACUAUAGUUGCACAGUCGCAAAACAAAGCAUGACAUCAAUCUAUUGCAAGGUACCCUUGAAUUUGACUAGCGAAACAUGAAGUGCAGUUUUAAGAAAAUGACCCUGCAUCAUUUCAGUUUAUUUAUGUGCAAACAUGGUUUGUGUGAUGUUGAAUCAAGUGCAUAUUUAGCAUGAUUUUGAUUACUGUUACGGUGUUUUGUCACCAUGGGUGCCUGCACCCACUACCCAAAUUAGUCUGGGCAAUACAUCUUCUGCCUAGUAAUACUGGACAGCUCCUCAGUGUCUCCCUGAAUGACUUAGCACUGGUAGAUGGAACAGCAGUAACAACAGUGUGGUUCUAUUUUCAUUCAACAUCUCGGGCAAUGUGCAAACAAACAUGAGGAUUUUAUCCAGUAUUACUUGACAUGAAUAAGAUGAACAUGUUGAACAAUGAGCUUCGAUUUAGCUUGUUUCCAGAUGGGGAAAUGAGUGUCAUUCCUGGGAGCUCCUCUGAACAAUUGUGUGCCUUCGGAGUCUUCCCUCCCCAAACGAUCUAAAUGCACAUGUCAGUUCUAAGUUUUAUUUAUAAAUAAAGGCAUCUGCCAAACGCUA